AUGAGAUCCUAUCCCAAAUUGGACCCCCCCCCCCACCCUCGCUGUGACCGGUUUGACCGUGAGCUGCAACUAGAGUUGGACACUGUGGAUGCCAGUGCGGGGAAGCUUGGCCCCGGCUCUCAGAGCGGCAUCGUGCGGUGGAUUCCGCUGCAUCACCUUCACAUAUCCGGGGAAUACGGGAUGUUGGGCCAAUGGCAGAGGCAUCCAGCUCCGCGUAAGAUUUAG